UCACAAGAUAUCAGCAUCUGAUUUACAAUCUAAUGUUGAAACAAGAAUCCAAGUCUACCGCCUUGCCUGUCACCAUUUCAAAGUUUUGCCAAUGACUACAUUUAUUACCAACAUACAUAAGACCGAUAUUAAUCUAGAGCAUCUUGGUAUCACACCAAAAGAAGCUCAUGCAAUGAGCAUUCCAUUGAGGAACAUUGAAUACGUUGAAGAACUGAAUCUAUCUGACAACCGACUCUCAGAUGAAGGUGCCACUUUCAUCUUCGAAAUUUUGACAUUUGGUAAUCGUAUCAAAUCGUUAAACCUGUCAAGCAAUAAUCUUGGAUUUCAAGCAAUGCAAAAAAUGGCAGAGAUGUUGGAAGAAAAUGUCAAUCUGAACACAAUAAAUCUUUCCAAUAAUCUACUUGAUGAUAGAUGUAUGAAAAUAUUAGUAACUGCUCUACAGGAUAGCGGCUAUAUAAUCAUGAUUAACCUCAGUCAUAACCAUUUCACAGAAAACUGUGCAGAACUGGUGGGAACUUUGAUAGAAAAGAAUUCUUUUAUAACAAGUCUUGACAUUAGCUGGAACAUGCUCGGCAAGAAGGGAGCAAAAUCCAUAAGUAGAGGACUGCAGAAAAACUCAAGUCUGGAAUAUUUCAAUAUUGCCUUCAACAACAUUGGGAAUGAGGGCUGCAACCACCUGAAAACUGGUAUUGGUGUCAACAACACCUUGAAGAUAUUUGACAUGAGCACAAACAACAUCACAUCUGAUGGUAUCAAGAUGUUGGCCAAAGGUUUAGCUACAAAUAGUCAAUUGGAAGUCUUACAUUUACAAGGGAACUUUGUACAUUAUGAAGGUGUGGAUGCUAUAUUGGUUGCAUUAAAUUCUCCCACUUCAGCAUUGAAGCUUUUGAAUAUUCAGAAUGUGUCUUUCAAUAAAGAACAAGAAGCUAAAUUGAAAAAAAUAAAGGAGAAGAAAGAUAUUGAGAUUAUUUUCCAUCCUUGGGUUUCAGGAAAAGACUUCAAAUUUGGAAAAUAGCAUUUAUAAUAAAGUCUAAAUUCCACUAUAA